GUUGAGUCCAUAUAUGAAGGCUGCUGUUCUCGGCUGCUGGGUCCGGGGAUAAUAUCAAAGGUGGUGGUGGUGGUGGAAUAGAUGUCUUAUAAUAAGCUCGGAAUCAAUUCAAGAAGGACAUCAUCCUUCCGGCAUGUAUGACGUCAUGAGGUCCGGAGUUUGUACGAGAAUUUGAGGAUAGUUGCCUCUCUGCUGCUGCUGCUGGAGGCUGGGGUUUAUUCUGAUGGAAAAGACGUAAAACGAGUGGUAGGGGAAGAAGUGGGGAUAUGUUGAUGAUCCUGACCUUGGUGGUGGUGUUUAUGAUGGGAAUUGAAAACAGUAGUAUGCGAAUUCCAAUUUACAUCAUCAUGCCUUGAGAGGUUGGUACCAUACUACUUCAUAAGGAUAAUUCUGUAUGAACGAUCUGAUUGUUAAUACCUUUUGGUCAUAUGUUCAUGAUGUGAUGGAAUGAUUCUGCCAUCAUGAAGGUGGUGGUAAGUGCUCAGAAUCUGCCCUCGAGAUCAUGAACCGGUUUAGUAGGUGUCGUAGUAAUGUCUAGUAGUAGCGAUGAUGAUGAUUAUCAACAGUUGAAGUAUUAACCUAAUGCAUAAGCUUAGUGUAUUGUUAUAGUGUUUAUGCCUAAUGUCACCCAAUUCUAGUGUCAUCUGUCUACCACCUGAUUGGACAGUAUUCUCUCUAACUUACGUACCAUACCCAACUAGGGAGUACGGCAAGGUCAUAGGGUGGAUGUUAGCGUUACUAUCACUAGCACCUAUCUUUGCUAUAUCAUCGAUCUUUACCAUCACUUUAGUGCGGCAAUCAGUUCGGUGGGGUCUACUACUGGUAGGGUUGAUAUUAUCAACAAUAGUGAAUACCAUAUUAAAGUACUACAUUGCUGAGCCAAGGCCGGAAGGUACCUUUGCUAAGGGUUAUGGAAUGCCGAGUGAUCACUGUCAGUUUUGUGGCUUUAUCAUUGCAUAUGGUUUCUUGUUUGUUAAGCAUCAUAUACGAACACGACCACUAUGGAUAAGAUACAUUCCGCCCGUUUUGGCGGUCAUACUCAUUGUUUUCCCCCUCGCGUACUCAAGAGUAUUCCUCUUAGCACAUACAUGGUCACAGGUCCGAGCAGGACUAUUACUUGGCCUUACUCUCGGAUCAAGUUGGUUCUGGUUCGUAUUCCAGACUCUUGAGGGCUAUGGUGUUCUAUACCGAUUACAAUCAUUUAUCGACUUGCUCAUGAUGAAUGAUGUCCAACGUCACUUAUGGGUGACUAGGAUGUAUAGACGUGAACGUACUAGUGUACUACAUGGCAAUGGAGGCAGUAGUCCUACCACCUCCCGUACAGAGUCACCACUCAAAGCUGAUA